AUGGCUAAGUCCCAUGCCAUCCUGCUUGGUCUUCUGGCUAUUAUGGCCAGUUUAAGUGGUGCAAUUGGAUUGGAUCAAGGACUCACACUCUCGGCUGCACAGAGCCAGGGUUGCCAAUGCUCUGCGAAGAUGUCCUGCAGCUGUUGCCAAAGCGUUUCGGUCAGCCUUAUGCUCGAAACCAGUACUCUUUGCCUCAGCUUGUCUAUUGGUGCACCCAGUGGAUCCAUAAACUUGGGAGCUACCCUGGAUGGAACUUCGGUGGGCGCGUUCUCCCUUAACCCCUUGACCCCGCCCACAUACUGCGUGCCUGCGAUCUCACUGGCUUCCCUGGACGUGUGCCUCAAAGUAAACAUCGAGGUGAAGGGAGCCGCGGUCAAGGCCUGUCCCACCUUCUAUACCAACUAUAGCAGCAGCCAGGUCGCAGGAUACGAUUUUCCCUGCGUUCAAGUAGGGGUGAAUGGUGUUGGCCUGGUCUGAAGCC